AUGGUCAGCUUGAGACAACACGUCGCGAGCGUCGUGGGCCGGUUCACGCCUGCGCCCUUCCAUCGGUACAAGCUCCUACACCAGCAAGAAGACCUCGCGAACAAUUCUUCACAGUCGCAUCAGGUAAUCAGACUCCGUUUGCGCCAUCCGUCUAAAUGGAGCGUCAAGCAUCGUGCCAUCGCCGUGCUUGCGACGCUGAUAGCCGUGGCUGUUGCUGUUGCGUGCUCCAUAUCCGUAUUCUCCUUGAAGAGAGCACCGACUCCCUUGCCACGGCCAAAGUUCGCGUGGCAGCACUUUCCGCUUGAGAAGGGAUAUUUCGAGGGACUGCGAAAGCUGGUUCCCGCCAAGCAGGGACAACAGGAUGCACAGCGUGUCUCCUCUUCAGGCAAAGGUCGCAUGGGAAAGCAGUACCCCGACCCUGUCGUGUACGAUCCCUACACGUCGCCACCUGGUUCACAGGCCCCUCCAGCUGCAGAACGGUGUUUUCUUGAUGAAGAGAACACAAUCAUCCCACCAGUCGUCUGGGCCUACAAUGGCGUGCCUGAAGGAGCACCGGAACCCAUGCUGGGCUCUCACGACGUGCUUGGCCUCAAUAAGGAUGUCUGUUUUGACAGGUAUGGAAGGUACGCGGCGUACGGGCUUGGCUAUCCCGCCAACGAGGGAGGCACCGGCCUCGGCAUCCACGGCGACAUGGACGGCACGGACAUGACCCUGAACAACGAUUCGCGCGUUGAUUGGCGUGGCGUCGACCUCGGCCGCGCACAGCGCCUAUGCGGAGAGAGGAAUCAGCAUCGCUUCUCACCGUCAACCCCACCGCCACUCCUGGAUGAUGUCUUCCAUUUCCGCCAGACAGGGACAUGGCCUGCCCCGUCGCCGGAGCCUGCAUCGUCAUCAUCACCAGACGCUUCUCAAGGCCGUAAUCACCGCGGCAUCGCUCGGACGGCCAUCGUCCUCCGCCUAUGGGACCAAUACACCUGGACAGACUACUCCCACCUAUACAUCCGGUCGCUCGUCACGGAACUCAACCUCAACGCCGGCGCGGCCUACGACAUCCACCUUCUCAUCCAGAUCAAAGACGGCAGCCCCAUCUGGGCAUCUCCCGAUGUCUACGACGCCGUGCUCGACCGCGUAGUCCCGUGCGAGUACCGCUCCAUGGCGACUCUAUGGUCCGAGGACCUCCUCUGCCUGCUCUACCCAGGCCCCUUCGAGCCGCAAUUCGACCGCCCGGGCCCGAUCCACAGCGUUGGCCGAAGCAUGCACAUGGCGUUGCAGUGGUUCGCGGCCCACCACCCGGAGUACGACUUGUUCUGGAACUGGGAGAUGGAUAUUAGGUAUAUCGGGCAUUGGUACGAGCUUUUUGACAGAGUCGAUCGGUGGUCGCACGCCCAGCCACGCGAGGGCCUGUGGGAGCGGGCAGGCCGGUUCUACAUCCCCUCUGCGCAUGGCGGGUGGGAGUCCUUUGCCAACGACACGGCGAUGAGGGCGCAGAAUCAUACCAGCGGCGACGGCGGGAGAGAUGACCAUAGCCAAAUGGACAAUAACGGUCUCAUCUCCGGCCCCCAAACAUUCCCGGGCUGGGAGGAAGACGAGCGCACUGCCGUCUUCGGCGAGGACUACCGCGCGAGAUUUGGCCUUCUCACGGCCUCCCCUCCUUCAAUGCCUUCUGGUUCUGUCUACGACGCAAGCUUCCGCGCGGACGAACCGGCCGACUACAUCACCUUCCUCCCACAAUUCCAACCCGCACGCACAUUCUGGAUCUUCCGCGCCGAUGUCUCAGGCUACGACACGGCGCUCCCGAUCCCGCCCCGCCGCACCAGCAUCGUCACGGCCAGCCGCUUCUCGCGCCGCCUGUUGUCACUCAUGCACCGCGAGACGUCCCUUGCGCGGCACAGCAUGGCGGGGGAGAUGUUCCCGGCCAGCAUCGCGCUGCAUUACGGGUUGAAGGCCGCCUUUGCGCCACACCCUAUGUACUUUGAUCGAGCGUGGAAUGACUCUGGCUCCCAGUAUGUUGAGGAGGUGUUUAAUGGGCACCCUGUCACGGGGGAGAGCGGCGGGUAUAGCGACAGUGUGUUUUCCGAGGCGUUGCAGCAUAAUUUUCGGGGUGGGACGUAUUACUAUGAUGCUGGCUUCGCAUCACGCUUAUGGAGGACGUGGUUGGGGUACCGGGAUGGCGAACAGGGUGGUGGGGAGUGGGAACGCGAUGGCAAGAGGAGUGCUGGCCGGAUGUGCUUGAGGAGCGUGUUGCUUCAUCCUGUCAAGUGGGAGGAGGGGGAUGUUGGGUAA